UUGCUAGCAGUAUUCUAGCUUGAUAGCUGUGAAAAUGGAGAAUUUAAACUAUAUAUUUACAUUAAUAUCGGUGUAAACUUGUAUGGUAGUGGAAGGCUGUUUUGAUUAAUGAAGGCAAAAUUUGGGCUACAAGACCUUAGCCUGAGACACCAACAAGAAACUUGCAGUUACAGAGCAUUCUACCUCACAAGCUUGAGUCUCACAGCUUACCAGAUCUGCAGUGAUGUCCAGUGCUGGAAAUGCAGUGUAAGACUUUCUCAUGGACGUACAUAGACCUGAAUAGCUGUGGACAUCAAUGCUGUUCUCCUUCAAGCCUCCAAGUAAAAGUCUGCUCAGCUCUGAAUUUGUUGUUUCAGGCAAAUAAAUAAGGUUGACCAAGAACUGGAACAAGAUGGCAUCUGUACUUCAAAAUGUAAAGGCAACGAUGGCCUGGCGGAAACACCAGCUCCUAGCUGACUUCGAUGAGAAUGAGAGCCCUGUACCUGACAAAUUCAAGAGAAGGGCAUCUUUCACUUCUCUCAAUUCCAUCCGCAUGUCUUUACGGAAGCGAGUACCAUUAAAGCAAGUAGAGCUGAAUUUUCCUAAGAACCCUACUUGGAAAAGUCUGGAAGCAAGAGAGAAGUGCCAAUCUCUUCAGAGCAUUAAAAGAACAGCAAAAAAUGCUUUUGGAACAGUGUCCCAGAAAAUACAGAAGUCUUGCCAAAGCCCAGUAGACUCGAUGGUGACCUUUCCAGCUGAAUCCAUCAGCAGAAGCUGUUCUACCAAGAAAAGCAGCAGUAUACCUCGAAGCCCUUGCCAUAAGAAGAGUGUUACUCCAGCAGCCAAUUCCAAAUGCAGCACAAGAUCCAGCAAAAGAGCCUUGCCUGGGCCAAAACGGGUGCCAGAACAUAGAGAAUGGAGGGGUUUCUCAUCCUGGCUUGGUAAAGAUGCUGUCUCACUCCGGAGAUCAAGAAGAGCAGCAGCACUGAAGAGUCCUUAUUCAUCUCCUGCUUCUGCCAGCAGAAAGAUAGAGUUUGACUGCGAGUUGGAGCUGAUCUCCUCAGGGAUUUGCCAGUUGCAGCGUAUCUCCCAGGCAUUUGAUGAUGCCAUUGUGCAAGAGGAGAGGCAACAUGCAGUAUCAAACUACUACUGUCUAAUGGCACAAAGACUUUCUCAAGCUAUCAGAAGGCGAGCAAAGAAACACCAUCGAGCACUUGAUACUUAGAGAGAUGUAACUACUGUUUGUUGGUUUAUGAGCACAUUCAAAGGAGAGCUCUGUAUAGGACUUGAAAGGGUACAUUCUAUGCAUUGAGCGAGACAUUACAUUUUAUAAUCUUUCCUGACAAAGCAGGUCAGGACUUCUGUUGCUUUUUUUUUUUCAAGUGAACAGGAGAAUCAGAAUUGUACGACCGUGUAUUUCUCCUGCUGAGAUGAGGUACCAUCUUGAAUGUGACUCUCAUAAGGCAGUAAGUACUUUGAAACUUAUGUUGAACUGACCAGUAGGAAUGGCCAGAACAAGGGCCACAGACUAAUGAGGGGUGAAGCAUAGGUAAUAGUAGUAGACUGGUAUCCAACUGCCGUGAGUUUCAGUUUGAGUACUUUGCAUACUGAAAGUACUGGUCCAUUAUUUUGAAAGCCUAACAUUUUUUUUCUGUAUAUGAACAAACCAAAACUCUUAAACAUCAUGUUUAACUGGAAGUUAAUGAAACAACAGUGGCUUGAGUUGUGACCACAACUGCCAUUCCAAGGCAACAGGUUUCUGUGGAGUCACUCACUCCACAAGAGAGGAGCCACAUUAGGACUCUUAAUUCAUGGCCUUAAGGAUUGCUAUUAGAUAAGCCUGACUAAUCCCAUUUUAUGUAGUUGGGUUCCAGACAAAUCAGAGCAACUUUAUGUCAUUUCUUGCUGCUGUUUUAGAUGGCAUGUGGGCAGUUGAGUUAAGCAUUGCUUUUGUACUAUACCAUCUGUCUUAGUUAUAUUCAGAAAUCAGUUACUAUAAUUAAUGUAACCUCUUACAACAACUGUUAUUGGCUAAUAUCAGACUGCAUGUAUUUUAUUUGAUGAAGUCUACUAAGCAUUUGAUACCUGUAUUUUGCUUCUAAUUGCUUUUUUUUUUUUAAAAAUAACAUUCAUUUGAUAAGCCUUUUUUGGUAGGUGAUUCAGUUUAAUAAAGUUUAGUCUUUCAAACUAAAGCAAAGAUUUCUCAAGCUUCUAAAAUUCAUCCCCAGGGCUAUAUCCCACGGUAGCAGCUUUAGCUUCUCAGAUUACAUUCACUCUAAGAUGAACCUUAAAACAAAAGAUUGAUUUUGGAAACUGCUCUAUUUGAUAAUUUUUGAGAUGCACAGUUUUAACUGGAACUACUGAAAGUUUAUACUAAAAGUAUAAACAUUGGAAGCAGUCCUUAUCAAUUCUGAUUUAUGUGUAAGUAUUGAUUUUACUUGCUCCUGAUUUUUCUUUUUUCUGGUCAAACUAGUGUGUUUCAAAAUAUUGAAAGAAGAAACACAAAAACAACUUCCAGAUUUUUCAGAUGACUGAAAUCUUUAGUUUCUGAUAUUUCUUGAGGUAGUUUUCAUGCAUGUGUUUUGUGUUGUGUUUUUUUCUAUAUGGAAAUAGUAGCUUGAAGUUAUUCUUUGCAUAUACUGAAACUACUAUAUAGCCUUCACAAAGAUAUGGUAUCUCAUUACUGAAAUAUUUUGUCAUGUGACUCUUCAUAAAACUCCAACCCUUGUUCCUUUUGAAAUGUCAAGCUCCAAUCUAACUAUUAUUUCAGAUAGCCAGAUGUAUUAAAUGGCCUCCACUUAUACUGUUUCCACUGGCUACUAGGACAUGUAAGAUGAUGAUCCAAUACCUCCCCCAUCACGGGUAAGAAAAAUCAGUGACACUGUUUAAAGGCAAGGAAGGUUUUAUUUAAGUGACUAAUCUGUUAUAAGAUUUUAAAAACCAGCUCACAUCAAAAUCUUUACCAGUUGUAGAAAUCUUACUCCUUAUUUCAUAUUAAGAAAUUCAUUACUGUACAUUUUUGAAUCUUUACAAGGCAGCCAUAAGAAAUAUAAACACUUGUCACCAGAUAGAACCUUCUCACUGACAAACAAUAUUUAAAAGUACACACCUAAUAAAACUAUAGACUGAAAGAACAUGUACAGUUUCAAGUUUCCUUGUAUGAAUUCAGUUGUAAAUGGACUGCCCUUUUCCUCCACCACAAAUAGAAAAAUAAGUUGUGCAGGAGGCUUGGGGUUCUGUGAGAGGACUGCCAUUAUGGGCCCUACACCAGUCCUCCCAGAAUUACCUUUUCUGUAAAGCUUGCAAUCUGUAAAUUAUGUUUCAACAUUGUAAUCUCUAGUAUAUCAUCUCCCAGCACACUCCAGUAAACCUGCCCCCUUUCUCUCUCUUCCCCACUGUAAAUUCUGUACUUCCUUACAAAUGAGAAAUGAACUAUCAAAUUUGUUCCAUGUUUCCCCUGUCCCCCACAAUUACAUUUGGUUUUAAAGGUAGCUUAUUGAGAUAAAUACAAAUAGAGGGUAAACUGUAAUCCCCUUACCUUGGGCUUGAACUAAAAUGAGGGAAAGAGGAAAUACCAACACCUGACUUCAAUUCCAGAGUCCAUGGCACAGGAUUCUAGCUGCUCCAGGCCAUUUCUUAUUUCUGAAAAAAAGAGCUCUUUUCAUCCAGAAAAAUAUGUUAUUACCUCCGUAUUUAUGGGGGACUGAAUUCAGGAUCAUCUGUAGGAACCUAUAUUUACACUUGAGUGAUUAAACAUCACGGAAGUCAAAUUACCUUGUUAAACCCACAAUUUCUGCUGAAGCUAUGAACACGGACCAUGAGGAAUCAUUGCUCUUAGAGAAGCUGAGGAGGUAUGUUGGAAAGCUUUGUGGUUAUGGUAAUUCUAUCCUGUACCAGCUCCAGAUGAGGAUGGAAAGAGCCACUUUCUCCCCUGCAUGCCUGAAAUGAACAUUUCAAUGCAGAAAUCUUGAGUUCAGAUCCCACAUUUUAAGCUCUAAUCAGAAAAAUGAUUCAGUGUACAAUCUCCUCUCCAUUAUUCAGCUUAUUAAAAAGGUGCCCUUACUCCAGUCAUCUAGUAAUUUUUUAAUGUACUCACCUUUCUGUGGCUUAGAUGCAAGAGGGGGAACAAAAAACCUGGGGAAGAUCCUAUUUGUUCAGUAACAACUAUUGCAC